UUGCGGCAACUUCGAUUCCCAAAUCGUAUCGACUAUGGCUGCUGGAAUUGAUUUCGAACAAGAAUGGCAGCAAUCAGAUGCAAUUUUGAGUAGUACAUAUUGAAUAAGCUGACCAACCAGCAACCCCUCACAUGGUCUGUAUUUUCAAGCAAUUUUCUUCUCCAGGUAGGACAUUUACUCAGGGUGAGGUUGUUAGUUGCCUGGGUAAAAAUACAUGGAGUAUUCAUACAGUCCAUAGUAAUAUCGUUCUCCGGUGAUCCAAUCUGGUGCUACUUACUAAGCAAGUUAGUGAUAAUUUUUGUCUAUCCAUCAGCCUUGGCUCAUGUCUAUGACUAUGUACAUGUAGCUGUAUACAUGUUCUCUUAGUCAACUGUUAAUUCACUGGACCGCUGACAGUUUUUUAUUAGUGUGAGUGUGAUUCCACUUGUAACUAAGCAAAGUGAUACGCGGAGGAAUUGGCAGCCAAGGUGGCUCCACCUCGACAUCGGACCUCCCACUGGACAGAAUCGGAGUGGGACAAUGUCGGUUCGAUGGUCGACGGUGGCUGCGUAUAGGAAAGAAGAAGACGACGGAAGCUGCACAGGAGUUGGUAUGGCUUGGCUAGGACAGCUCGCGGACAGGAACAACGGGCAAGAAUUGCAUACGAGGCAGAGCUUAGGACGAUUUGUUUUCUGAGUAACUGAGCAGGAGGAACAAGGGAGAGCAGUAACAAUGGGGAGAAGCGCUCCCUGUCCUAAUCCAUCAUGGUUGUGGCCUUGCCUUCUCAAAGGUGUUUCAUUGCGUUCUUGCCGGUUUGAAUUGUUUUGUUCCUCAAGUUGAGGAUGCUAUUCCAGUCCAAUGGCACAGCGUAUUAUCUUAUCUCUUUCUUUAUUUGAUGGGUGCUUAUCCAUCUUAAGACUGCAACUGCAAGUUCCAUUGUCGUCUACAUGUCUUUCAGAUUGUUUUUUAUACGGUGGAGAAGCUUUGUGCAGGUGCUCACUACCAAGAUUGCUGCUGUUUGUACUGCAUACAGCUUUAUGCAUUGGCUAAAUUUUUAGUUUGGCUUCUCACAUCAUGGUUUGCUUACCUAAAUCUUUGUGUAUGUUUGCACUGCAGGGCUGUGAACCUGUGAUGCAUCGGUGGACGAAUCUGGUUUACGAGAAAGAGACAUAUGCGAGCGCUUUGUUUUCUUCUUUCAGGGUGCCUCCUACAGAUACAAGUACAUGCUCAGAGCAUUCUCGUUGAAGAGCCUUCAGCUCAGCUUUUGUGAUAAAGUAUCUGAUAAAGGGUUGGCAGAGGCAAUUAAUCGCCUUCCUCAGCUUGAAGAACUGGAUAUUUCGUUCUGCUCAUUGUAUGGCAAUUUCUGCGAGUUAGUUGACAAAAGCCGCUCACAACUGAAAUGCUUUAAGCUAAAUGAACGCUGGGCUGAUUUUCAUAAGCGGUUUGAUGCAGCCUAUGAGCGCAUAGAGAUUGACCCAGAAGCAUCAUGGAUUGCUAACAGUAUGCCUCAUCUCCAAGUCCUUCAGUUGAUUGGCAGCGAAGUAACUAAUGAUGGACUGAUGGCAAUCCUUGACCAUUGCCCUCACCUUGAAUCACUUGACAUACGUAUGUGCUACAACCUCCAAAUAGAUGAUGCUAUGAAAUCAAAGUGUGCUAGAAUUAGAAACCUUAAGCUUCCUCAUGAUCCCAUCUCUGAUUUCAAGUACUGGGCCUACAUUGACAGUGAGGAUUACAGUGAGGAUUACUCUGGUUCUGAUUUUGAGGUUGAUAUGCACGAUGAUUUGCUGAAUGUGGUCAUGGAUGAUGAUGAUGAUGAUGGUGAAUUCAAUUAUGUGGAUGAUUAUGAUGAUGUUGGCUCAGAAUCUGCCAUGUAUGAUGAUGUUGAUGACAUCUAA